GUUGUGUAUUUUUGAGAUAUGAAAAAUACCCGAUAAAUUGGUGAGUUAUGGAAAACAAGAUCAUAGUUGACUCUCAAAACAUUGACAAAUUCGUAGGGGUAUUCUGGUUGUUUCAUCACAAUUGCGCGCCAUCAUUCAUCAUCAGCAAUUAUUAACAAACAACUAAUAAACUAAUUACAAUGGUUCCUACCUUCAAAAAAAAAAAAAAAAUCCAAUGGUUCCUUGGUAGGGUUCUUGACAAGGAAUAUACGUCCCCUUAUACCCUUUCAUCAAUGUGGACUUUAUAGCUUUUGAUCGAAUUUCAACGAGCCAUUCAUCAAACAAUCCCUGAAGAAAAUCAUUUCCAUUUUUCUCAAUCGUUUGUUCUCUCUCUGUUCUUUUUGACCAUGGGAGAAGAAGAACCAACAUGGUCUGAACUCAUGGGAAGCAAUGAUUGGGAAGGCCUUCUUGAACCUCUAGAAAUUAAUCUCCGGCGCUUAAUUCUCCGGUGCGGCGACUUUUGUCAAGCCACCUACGAUGCAUUCAACAAUGACCAGAAUUCCAAGUUCUGCGGCUCCAGCAGGUACGGAAAGAGAUCGUUUUUCGAUAAGGUGAUGAUGGAAUCCGGGUCGAAUUACCAGGUCCAUUCAUUCCUCUAUGCCACGGCCAGAGUUGGUGCCCACAAAGCCAUGUUUCUCCAUUCAUUGUCCCGGGAAUCUUGGGACAGGGAAACCAAUUGGAUUGGAUAUAUUGCUGUUACCACAGAUGAAUAUAGUGAAGAAAUCGGCCGGCGUGAGAUUUAUGUCGCGUUUCGGGGAACGACCCGGAAUUAUGAAUGGGUCAAUGUGAUGGGAGCAGGGCUUAAAUCAGCAGAGCCGCUCUUGCAUCAGAAAGUUUGGAAGAAGGAUGAGGAUGGAAGUGUUAUUAACAGAAGCGAUUCCGACGAAGAAGACGACGAUGAUUUGCCUAAAAUUAUGCAGGGUUGGCUCAAGAUUUAUGUUUCCAAUGAUCCCGAUUCGCCUUUCACGAAUCUCAGCGCAAGAGACCAACUUUUAGCCAAAAUUGAGGAGUUGAGGAAUCUUUAUGAAGGCGAGGAAUUGAGCAUAAUAUUUACAGGGCACAGUCUUGGAGCAAGUUUAUCAAUUUUAGCUGGUUUUGAUCUUGUUGAAAAUGGCCUCACCGAUAUCCCUGUUUCUUGCAUCGUGUUUGGUAGCCCACAAGUUGGAAACAGGGGAUUCAAAGAAAAGUUGAGGGAAUUCCCAAAUCUGAAAAUCCUCCAUGUCAAGAACAAAAUCGACUUGAUCCCACAUUAUCCUGGUCAUUUACUGGGCUAUCACAAUACAGGAAUUGACCUGGUGAUUGAUACCAGAAAAUCUCCACACUUGAAGGGCUCAAAGAAUCCAAGUGAUUGGCAUAAUUUACAGGCAAUGUUACAUAUUGUGGCUUGUUGGAAUGGGCCUCAUGGGGAGUUUGAAUUGAAGGUUAAGAGGAGCUUGGCUUUGGUGAAUAAAUCUUGUGGAUUUCUGAAGGAUGAAUGCUUGGUUCCUGUGUGUUGGUGGGUUGAGAAGAAUAAAGGGUUGGUUCGUGAUGAGAAUGGAGAUUGGGUUGCCGCAACUCCUGCAGAUGAAGAUCUUCCUGUUCCUGAGCAUUGAUGCAGGAUUAUUAAAUUUAAUUAUUUGAGUGGCCGGCAAUGGAAGAUGGAGAAUCGCUUUUCUUAUGAUGAUUUUAUUACUACUUUUUUUCACAUCGUUAUGUCCAUGGUAUGCUUGGAUUUGGACAUCUUAUCUUAAAAAAGUUGGAAUUGUCACUAUCUACUUGGAUUGCUAAUAUUAAUGUUCGUAAAUUGUACAUUAGCUGAAGUUCAUGAUGUGUGUAAAGAUUCUCUCUUUUGCAAUGAGGAUGAUUGAUCAUUGAUCUGAGAAAUAACUUCUUCUUCUUCGUCUUCCUUCUUUUUUUUUUCCUUUCAAAAUACAAGGACAAAAAUUAGAAGACCUUCCAUGCUUUAAUAAUGGCUAAUUGC